AUGGGCAUCGUCAACCAGCGGCGGAAGGAGCCCACAAUAGCAGACAAGGCAAAGAAGGACUUCAUUACGCUGAUGAUUGAAGCCAGGGAGAGGGAGUCAGGGCGUGCACUCAACGAUCUCGAGAUCUUGCACAACUCCCGACUGUUCCUGGCGGCAGGACACGAGACAACUGCCGGCACACUCGCCAUUUUCCUUUUCCACGUUGCACAGCAUCCAGAGGUGGAGAAGAAGAUCUUGGAAGAGGUGGACAGGCUAAAUGACAGGAAACCACCGUCCUACGAGGGCCUGGAGAGGUACCAAUACUUGGAAUGGGCAUUGAACGAGUCCAUGCGCAUGCUGUCAGUGGUGCCAUUGCUGUCGCGUAAGGCCAGUCAAGACUUCCAUCUCGGGGGAACGGUGCGAGUGCCCAAAGGGGCGGGGAUCGUCAUCCCGAUACAUUGGCUCCACCACGAUGCCAAGCUCUGGGGCGACCCGGAGAACUUCAGACCAGAGCGUUUCGACACAGGCUCGGACGAGUGCCAGAAACGCCACCCCCAAGCCUUUAUGCCAUUUGGAGGAGGUCCAAGGGUGUGCCUCGGGUCGAAAUUUGCCAUCAUGGAGAUGCUGCUGGUGCUGAUCAUGCUGUAUCGGCAGUACACUUUCAGUGUCGAUGGCAGCUGCACGUCGACUCCCUUGAAGAUCAAUGUCUCCGUAACCAUCGAGCCGACUGAUGGGAUCCAUCUGCAUGUCCAUGAACGACAAAAUGGAUUUGGCAUGAAAGCACCUUGA